AUGGCGACUACGGUGAUGGAUCCACUGAAAGAUUUCCUAGUGAAGUAUUUUAUGCCAGAGAAAUGCUUCGACGAAUUUUUCCUGGAUUUUAAUUUUUUACAUGUGGAAUGUCUGAAGAUAGUCCUGAGCAAAGGUCUAGGGAUUGGGAUCAUCCUCGGAUCUGUGAUGGUGAAGCUGCCCCAGAUCAUCAAGCUGAUGGGAGCCAAGAGUGCAGAGGGUCUGAGUUUUAAUUCUGUCCUGCUGGAGCUGUUUGCCAUCACAGGCACCAUGGCGUACAGUAUAGCCAACAACUUCCCUUUCAGUUCCUGGGGGGAGGCCCUGUUUCUUAUGUUUCAGACAGUAACUAUUGGUUUCCUAAUCCAACACUACAAUGGAAACACCAUCAAAGGCUUGGCGUUCCUUGUGGUUUAUUUUUGCUUGAUGUCCGUGCUGAUCUCACCUCUGACGCCGCUUUCCGUGGUCACCACCAUGCAAGCCUCCAACAUGCCAGCCAUCAUCUUUGGUCGGCUCAUCCAGGCUGGCACUAACUAUCGGAACGGGCACACGGGGCAGCUGUCUGCUAUUUCAGUGUUCCUGCUCUUCGCAGGGUCACUGGCACGCAUAUUCACCACAGUCCAGGAGACGGGAGACUCUCUCAUGGCGCUCACUUACAUCAUCUCCUCGUGCUGUAACGGCCUGAUUGCUUCUCAGGUCCUGUAUUACUGGAACAGCCGCCCGGCACUCAAGAAGAAGGCCGAGUAAGCCAAGCAUAACAGAAAAACUCAAUGGAACGCCUCCACGUCUACAACAGUUAACGCACUGUCUUGAACAACUUGAUUUUCAGGUCAGCUGUAGGUACAUUCGAACCUAAUUCAAUUUCAGAUGCAGUGCUGAUCUUGGAUCAGUUGUUCACGAUGCCUGUGCGCACACUUUAAGCGGAUACUGGGUGGGAACUAUGCAAUUUACUGCGCAAAUGGACUCACAGAUCAAUAUGUUUAUGUUCUAAGCGCCCCGUAAUGGCCUUUUUCCUGGACGAAAAACUUAAUAGACUCUCUCACUGUAUGUUUAAUUUCCCACUCAUACUGCAUUUCCACUGUUUGCCGCAUUGAAGGUUUUCCAUCUCUCAUCCUGCAUUGCACCUUUUCUUUAGCUCAGGGGAAGGGGAAAAUGUUUGCUCGCACUUGGGGACUCUGCGAUUUCAGCGUUGAUUUUUAAUAGCGAAGGGACCUGUGUCCUGUUUCAGACUGAAGCUGUUCCUAAACACUGGUCCAGGACCAGUUGUCCAAGCCCUUACCCAUGUUCCAUAAUCUCCUGAUGAUUAAAGAAAAAAAAAAAAAACCUAACCUGAGAUCAGCACCCUGGAGGUGUCCUCUAGGCCUAAUUCACAGAAAAUGAUUGCAACACUAUGUCUUCUUGACAGUUGCUCGACAUGCUUUAGAAAGCUGUUUGCUGCCAUAAGGAAAAUUAGGGGACUGUAGGGAAAAUCAUGCAUUUGCUGUCAUUGUCUCCUUCUCUCUUCUUUUCCACAGUGUUUUCAUCAGUGUCUCUUGCAUGCGUAGAUGCAGAACAUCUUAGUACAUAUCUUAAUACAUAGUACAGAAAGGAACAAGUAGUAAACACCAUCACAAAAUUAAAGAGAAUGUCCUAAUGUCAAUGUGAAAACAUAUUAAGGUUGUCUGACAGAUAGUUCAGGCUGACGGUUGAAACCAUAGAGCAGUUUCAUUAAAUGAGGUUAACUGAGUGUUGAGCACUGUGUGGAAGAACUGUACUGUAUGUUUUAAACAUUUGUUUGCUGGCAUUUGAUGUUAAACCUUUUUUUUUUUUUUACCAUAGUCACAGGACAAUACAAAUAUAGUAAUUACUGUGUUUUGUUUGUUUUCAAAUGAUCGUUUAAAUCCUAACAGGAAAUGCACAUUUGCAAAACUGUGAGGAAAACCAAAAUGAUUGGAUGAUUUGGAGGUGUGGUUUUUUUUUUUGCACUAUGAUCAAUAAGCAUUCUUGUUCAGCAGCCCUGUCAUGCUAGAAAUGAUUUAGCACCGUAAGAACAUAAAAGAUGAACGGUUAUUGUUUGGGG